AUGGAUUCGGACCCACAGAAACGGCCUGCAGCUAAAACCAUUUAUAACCAACUUGAAGAAUGGUAUAGUUUCAUGGAUAAAGUAGAUGAAAUUGAAAUCGACGAAAUUGAUGAAAAUGAAAUGGAUCUUGAUCAGCCCUAUGAGCUUAGUGAAUCUGAAGUAGAAAUAUGCAAUAAAUUUUGGGAAGCGGAUGAAAUAGUUAAACAGUUACCUACAACAUCGCAGAAACAUCAAGAUUCCACUUAUACAAGCAGACAUAUUGAUACUUAUAGUAUUGCUCAACUUUACAACGAAUCAGUUAGUAAGAAUGCCGGUGCCACUCAAUUAAAUGACGAAUCGGUUAAUGUUAAUGCAACAGCAUCGAAUGAUAAUUGCGAAAAAACUUUAAACGUUAAAAAUUAUAUCAAUCGACUAUAA